AUGGCCAACAAGACUGGGGAUGAAGCUGGCAUGACCAGCAAGGAUUACUACUUUGACUCGUAUGCUCACUUUGGCAUUCACGAGGAAAUGCUCAAGGACGAAGUGCGCACCUUGUCAUAUCGUUCGGCCAUUUACAACAACAAGCACCUCUUCAAGGACAAGAUCGUGUUGGAUGUUGGAUGUGGUACUGGUAUUCUUUCCAUGUUCGCAGCUAAGGCUGGUGCCAAGCAUGUCUAUGGUAUCGAUAUGUCCAACAUUAUCAUUCAAGCACGCGAGAUUGUCAAGGAUAAUCAUCUUUCCGACAAGGUGACUUUGAUCCAGGGCAAGAUGGAGGAAGUUGAGUUGCCUGUCAAGCACGUUGAUAUCAUCAUUUCCGAGUGGAUGGGUUAUUUCUUGUUAUACGAGUCUAUGUUGGAUACGGUUCUUGUCGCUCGUGACAAAUACUUGGCUCCCGAUGGCUUGUUGUUCCCUGAUCGUGCCACCAUGUUCAUUGCAGCUAUCGAGGAUGGCGAGUACAAGGAAGAAAAGAUCGAAUACUGGAACAAUGUCUACGGCUUUGAUUAUUCAUCCAUUAAGCGAUUGGCUAUCAAGGAGCCUCUUGUUGACACCGUGGAAGCACGUGCUGUGGUGACCAACCCAUUUGCCUUUAAGCAGAUUGAUCUUGCUACCGUCAAGAAGGAGGAUUUGACCUUUGAUGUACCUUUCAAGGUGACCGCUGCUCGUAAUGACUUUGUUCAUGCAUUCAUUGCCUGGUUCGAUAUCGGAUUCUCACAUUGCCACAAGCCCAUUUGGUUCUCCACUGGUCCCCAAGCUCGUUACACCCAUUGGAAGCAAACCGUCUUUUACACUCCUGAGACUUUGACCAUCAAUGAAGGCGAGUCAAUCGAAGGCCGAUUAUCCUGUGCUCCCAACCAACGUAACCCAAGAGAUCUUGAUAUCGUCAUUGAUUACGAGUUCAAGGGCCAAACUGGCCAUGUCAAGCAAACUUGCGACUUUAAGAUGUAA